UUGAUCAAGGUGCAUCCAAACAAGUCAAGCCCAAACGCUAACUUUCUCGCUUACAGAAAAAGUAAGCGCAAUAAUACAACAAUGGUGGAUGCAGGUAACGUCAUCAAGUGUGCCUACUCGGUGGGCCUACUCGUUUUCUCGACCAUUAUCAUUAUGGGUCUGAUCUUCAACGAAGAGACCAAGCUCUCCUCCGAUGUUAACUCUGCCGUUGCCUUUGUUGCUAUUUGGGGCGGAGUCUUGUGGCUCACCAUGGUGGAGGGAGGUCAGGGAUCAUUGGUCGGACUGGCACCCGUCAACAGAGAGCUCUACAAGGACUCGCAUCCUAUUGCUUACAAGUGCACUGCAAUUGCCCACAAGGGCGACAACCUGGAUCGGUACCUCUUGGGUCGGCAGUUCAUGGUCGUCUUGACUGUCUUUGUUGUCAACAUGUCAGGCGGUCCGCUAAAGGAUGCCGAGCUUUGGGGCUUUCCUUACGUGCUUACGAAUAUGUUCCUGGGCAGUGGUCUGGCCAUGAUCCUCUUCACAGCCAUGGUGGGGCAACUCAACUCACAGGUCAAUGCCUCCCUAUGCAUGCUCGACUACAUCAACAACUACUUUGCGCUCUUCACCCUCUGGGUUGCGAUGGCUAUUGAGUUUUCCGGACUGCUACAUGCGUCCUACCUUGUACAGAUGCUCGUGGCCGCACUUUCCGGCAAGAAGAUCGAGUCCAACGAAGAACCCCGCAAUGGGCUCCAGAAUCUCUUUUUCUGGUCACGCUGUCUCGGUUCCCUCGCAAUCUUGGGAUACUGCUUCGCGGUGACCUUGGCCGCACUCUUUGCCGGCAAGACUACCAUGUGGGAAGGCGUACCGCCAUCGGUUGCUGUUAUCGUCUUUUUUGUGCUCAUGUCUGUUGUUGGUUUGCUCGAGGGUAUGCAAAUUGCGUUCUUUGCCGUCGCCAAGAUUCCCAAGGCUGAACGAGGAGAUUCCGUUUUCGCCAAGAAAACUUGCGACUUGCUUUUCAAAGGCGACGGUAACAAUCUUCCGGGCUUUAUGAUUGGACGACAGCUCUGCGUAGUGUCCUGCAUGUUCUUCAUUGCGCGAGUAACUAGUGUUGAGAUUGCUGAGGGCGAAGAAAAUAUCUUCGGAGUCUCGGACGGCUUCCAAAAGCUCUUCGACACGGGUCUUCUUGGUGCCAUCAUCACAACCAUCGUAGCGUCUAUUUCUUGGCAGCUGGUGGCUUCGGCCUUCCCCAUAGCCUUUUUGUCCAACCCCUUCACCUACAUUUUCCUCCGGAUUUGUCUGGUCUUGGAAGCUAUCGGUAUCUGCUCCGGAGCCUGGGUUCUCGCCGCCAUUCACAAGAAAGUUGCUGGGUUCCAACGUGAUGAGGUAUACAUCGGCACCGCUGAGGAACGUGCGGCAAAGGACAUGAGCGACGAUUCGGACCAGCUUCAUCUGGGACCUGGGCACUUGGUCAAGCUACCCGGCUUCGCUGAACAUGCACCAACAGCGUUGAAGGAUCUCAUGAUGGCGGACCCGUCCGUCGCGGACUACCUUAAAUCCAUUCAUGAGAUGGAAAGUGGGAAAGCCAAUGGGGAGGGAUCGGAGACGAGACGGACAGGUUCAUCUGAGGCUGAUGAGUAA